AUGGUCAACGCCGCCGCCGACGCCAAGAAGAACGAGGGGAACGAAGCCUUUAAGAAGCACGACUACCCCACUGCUGUAGCCAAAUACACUGCGGCCAUCGAAUUGGACCCUUCGAAUCAUGUCUAUUUCUCAAAUCGCAGUGCUGCAUACGCUGGUUGGGGCAAGUUCAAUGAGGCCGAAGCUGAUGCUGCCGAGUGUAUUCGCCUAAACCCCAAAUUUGUCAAGGGGUACCACCGUCACGGUGUAGCACUUAAAGGCUUAAAGAAGUACAAUGAAGCUUUAGCCACGCUGCGUACGGGACAGCGUAUUGACUUUAACAACGCUGACUUAAAUCGUCUCGUGACGGAAAUUGAGCCGCUGCAAGCUCGCGCUGAACAAGCCAAACGCUCGGGCAUGAGUCCUGCUGAGCUACUGAAAGAACGUGGAAACGAUGCAUUUAAAGAUGCUGCGUUCGAAAAGGCAAUUGAAUUGUACGGAGAGGCUAUUGAAGCGUGCAGUGACAAACCUGGCUCAGCUCUCGCAAUCUCGUGUUAUAACAAUCGUGCGGCGUGUAACCAGCAGCUCAGCAAUUUUUCCGGCGUAAUUCGGGACUGUACGCAUGUGCUUGAGUACGAUGAAAAGAACCAAAAGGCUCUUUUGCGUCGUGCUCUGGCAUAUGAAGGUCUGGAGCGCUACCGUCUUGCACUACAGGACAUACGAGCACUCCUUGCUAUAAAUCCUUCCAUUGACAUUGCGAACAAGGCUCAGCACCGUCUCAGCAAUUAUGUCCGUCAGUUGAAGCAAAACAAUUAA